AUGCCAUCCCAUGAGGCCGUACGGUGGUACGAGGUGUUCAGGUCUAGGAAAUGGACCGGCAAAGGAUUCUGGCCAUCACCACCCAUUACCAGCCUCUCACCAGCCACUCACCAGCCACUCACCAGCCACUCACCAGCCUCUCACCACCCACCCACCACCCAUCACCACCCAUUACCAGCCAUCACCAGCCUCUCACCACCCAUCACCACCCAUUACCAGCCAUCACCAGCCUCUCACCACCCACCCACCACCCAUCACCACCCACUCACCACCCAUCACCACCCAUCACCACCCAUAACCACCCACUCACCAGCCAUCACCACCCAUCACCAGCCUCUCACCACCCAUCACCAGCCAUCACCACCCAUCAACCCCCAUCACCACCCACUCACCACACAUCACCACCCAUCACCACCCACUCACCAGCCAUCACCACUCAUCACCACCCACUCACCAGCCAUCACCACCCACUCACCACCCACUCACCAGCCACUCACCAGCCACUCACCAGCCACUCACCAGCCACUCACCACCCAUCACCAGCCUCUCACCACCCAUCACCACCGAUUUACCACCCACUCACCAGCCAUCACCAGCCUCUCACCACCCACUCACCACCCACUCACCAGCCACUCACCAGCCAUCACCAGCCUCUCACCACCCAUCACCACCCAUUUACCACCCACUCACCAGCCAUCACCAGCCUCUCACCACCCACUCACCAGCCAUCACCAGCCUCUCACCACCCACUCACCACCCACUCACCAGCCACUCACCACCCACUCACCACCCAUCACCAGCCUCUCACCACCCAUCACCACCCAUUUACCACCCACUCACCAGCCAUCACCAGCCUCUCACCACCCAUCACCACCUAUUCACCAGCCAUCACCACCCACUCACCACCCACUCACCAGCCACUCACCACCCACUCACCACCCAUCACCAGCCUCUCACCACCCAUCACCACCCAUUUACCACCCACCCACCAGCCAUCACCACCCACUCACCAGCCAUCACCAGUCAUCACCACCCAUCACCACCUAUUCACCAGCCAUCACCACCCACCCACCAGCCAUCACCACCCACUCACCAGCCAUCACCAGUCAUCACCAGCCAUCACCAGUCAUCACCACCCACUCACCAGCCAUCACCACCCAUUUACCCCCCAUUUACCACGCACUCACCACCUACUCACCAGCCAUCACCAGCCUCUCACCACCCAUCACCAGCCUCUCACCACCCAUCACCACCCACUCAAACUGGGGAACAUACCACCCACUCAUCACCCAUUCGUCACCCACUCACCACCCAUUCGUCACCCACUCACCACCCAUUCGUCACCCACUCACCACCCAUUCGUCACCCACUCACCACCCAUUCGUCACCCACUCACCACCCAUUCGUCACCCAACCAUCACCCACUCGUCACCCAUUCGUCACCCACUCACCACCCAUUCGUCACCCACUCACCACCCAUUCGUCACCCAACCACCACCCACUCGUCACCCAUUCAUCACCCACUCACCACCCAUUCGUCACCCAAUCACCACCCACUCGUCACCCAUUCAUCACCCACUCACCACCCACUCACCACCCACUCAUCACCCAAACACCACCCAUUCAUCACCCACUCAUCACACACUCUUCACCCACUCAUCACCCACCCACUCCUCACCCACCCACUCCUCACCCACCCACUCAUCACCCACCCACUCAUCACCUACUCACCACCCACCUACCACCCACUCAUCACCCAUUCACCACCCAUCCAUCAGCCACUCACCACCCACUCAUCACCCACCCACUCAUCACCCACCCACUCAUCACCCAUCCACUCAUGACCCACUCAUCACCCACCCACUCAUCACCCACCCACUCAUCACCCACCCACUCAUCACCCACCCACUCAUCACCCAUUCACCACCCACCCACUCAUCACCCACUCAUCACCCACUCACCACCCACGCAUCACCCACUCGCCCCCCACUCAUCACCCACCCUUCACCCACUCAUCACCCACUCACCACCCACUCGCCCCCCACUCAUCACCCACUCAUCACCCACUCACCACCCACUCAUCACCCACUCACCCCCCAUUCAUCACCCAUCACCACCAACCCACUCAUCACCCAUUCACCACCCACUCGCCCCCCACUCAUCACCCACUCAUCACCCACUCAUCACCCACUCACCACCCACUCAUCACCCACUCGCCCCCACUCAUCACCCACUCACCACCCACUCAUCACCCACUCAUCACCCACUCAUCACCCACUCGCCCCCCACUCAUCACCCACUCAUCACCCACUCAUCACCCACUCACCAGCCACUCACCAGCCACUCACCAGCCACUCACCAGCCACUCACCACCCACUCAUCACCCACUCGCCCCCCACUCACCACCCACUCACCAGCCACGCACACUCUUGUCCUCCCUUCGCCUUUCCUCCCUGA